ACUAAAUGGACUCGUAGAAGUAUAUUUCUCCUUAUGCAAAAUUGUAUUCAAUAUUUAAUAUAUAGGUGGGAAUAAAAAGAAUGGCGAGAAGUACUUAUUACAGAAAUCAAAACAGAUAAUCCAAAUGUGAAAAUAACAAAUAAAGCUAUCAUUGAAUAAUAUUUUAAAAGAUAUAUGAUGCUUUAACCAACUGAUAAAUCUAAUCUUCUUGUCUAACAUCCUGGAUUAUUAUAAGUAUAGUACUUAAUACAAAAAAGGUUGAUAAAGAUAAAAUUGAUAAAGUGACUAAUGAUACUAUGUAGAGUUUAGUUAAUGCUACUGCAGGUUGCACUGUGGCUUCACUAUUUUUCUAUAAAUUACUAUUGAGCAAAAGAAGAAUUUUCUAUGAUUUCUAUAGAAAGGGUAGAUUCUCUUUCAUUAAAAAGCCAUUGUCAAUAUUAGUCUUAUUCACAACUUGGGGUGGUGCCUUAGCUUAUGGCUAUAAGUAAACAAUUCCAUUUGAAUUAUUCAAAUAAGGAAUGUAUAAAAAAUAUCUAAUUGAGUAUGAUAAAGUAUAUUUAUGAGACC